UUGAGUUGCAUUGAGAGAAAUAUGGCAUGUCUUAGAAAACUGGUUGACCUCGUAAGUUGCUAAAUGACUUAGGAAGUCCUCUACUAACGAUCGGGGUUGCACGUUGUUGUAAAGGUCUGGAGAGUUGUAUUGGUUUGAGUCAGGUUUGCUUGGGGACAAGAAAACGGUUAAGUGUAUGACAAUUUGAUAACUCGAUAUUUACAUAUGUUUUGCCCACCAUGCUAACACGAUUUGAGGCUAAAUUCUUGUCUUUUAAGCCGAUUUCACACUAAGUUGUUCUUGUUUGUGACAUUUCGGGUCCUAGUACGUGAAUGAAGGUUUGGGAACGAGUUCGAGGUCGAUUGGACGAAGUUAGGAUGUUUGCCGAGAAGCUGAGGAAUUCGUACGACCUGUAUGUGUUUCUACACGGCCGUGCGUUGUGGCCGUGCAACUGGUAUCACACAACCAUGGGUCGCACUAGCCAUGAGAGGGCGCUCCCACCCCGUCCAGGAUUUCCAGAACUUCUGCACGGGCUGGGCUCAAUUCUACACGGUCUUGUGAUGGCCGUGUGAUUCCCUUUGACCAAUAAGUGGAACACGACAUUUUGUAGUUACACGGGCAAACACGGAAUUCUGCACGGCCUUGCGUUGGCCGUGAAAUCGAGCAGAGCUGGGUUUUAACUCAAUUUCGGGUCUUUGGAAGAGGAUUCGACUUUUUGGAGCAAAAACAGAGUUUUAGAGAGAGAAAGGACGAAGAACAAACCCUAGGAGCUAUUUGGAGUGGAUUUCUCACCAUUGAAGCCCAAAUUGCGUCUCUAGGAGUGAAGAUUGACAUCCCAUAGCAGAUUAUUUCCAUCUUUAUGAGUAUGAUUGCGUUUAUUUAUGUUUCCAUUUCUCUUUAUGGAGUAAAUCUUUCUCUCACUUGUGUAUGAAGAACCUUAGUUCCAUGUGUUAGGAAUCUUGAUUGUAAUGACUUUUGGGAUGUCAUUCUUGAUGAUUUUAAUCAUUGAGGCAUGUUUAUUGAGUCAAUUGAAUCCUGAUCAAUUUCUCUUGACUUCUGCUUUAACUUGUGAUAGAUAGAAUCUGAUUAGGUUAUAAGAGCUUCUUCAAUUGAUAGUAGUGAAUUGAUUGACGUUGUACGGGAAUUCGUUCCAAGUAGAGGGGGUCUGUGUGAAUUGCCUUAGCCGUCUAUCCUGGUGAAGGCUAGUUGUCUGCCGGGUAUUCUGUCUAAGAUGGCUUGGUUAGUUUAAGAGAUUCCAAGUUAUUUUCGGAUCUUCCGCAAUCUAAUCAACAGUAAAAAAACCAAAAAGAAUUGCAACUUGAACCUAACUGGGGAGCUAGGGCGACUCUUCUCUUGCUUUAGAAAACCGAACAACGUACUGCUUUCUUUCUACUUUAGUUUGAAUUCACCUACAGUCAAUCUUUCCCGCUAGAUAAUAGAUGAUCACGAAGUAGGCAGUACAUUUAGGCCCCAGGUUGACUUUUAUUACUUGUCCCACUAUAUAGCAUUUCCAUUCUACAAUUACACUUGGUCGUAGUUUGGUGUUGUGUCUUAGCGAGUUAGUUUGUCCUGAGACUCAUAUGAGUCAAUAUCAACACAUACACUCAGGGAUUCAAGUAAUUCAUGAAUUUCUGGUGUUUCUUUUUCCAUAAGUCCCAGAUUUUCUUGGUUAAUGAGCGCCAUAUAUCUCCUAUGCUCUUUUUUUCGACUUAGAGUCAUCUAAAUUAUCUUCGCUACAACUCUAAGUCGCAGCCAUUGCCCUUUCUCUAUUUAGUUUUAUGUCGGGAUAAUCUACUAUGCAAUGUCCUGGUCUGCCGCACUUAAAACAUGUAAAAAACCUUGACAUUCACAACCCCUUUAUCCGAUUCAUUCCUUCCAAUAUUCAUAUGAGAGUUGUCUAUUUUUCUAUUAUAUUUCUUGUCGUUUUUCGAUAUGUUAGGAUAAGUUUUUGGUUUCUUUUGAAUCUUAGAUAAUCUAAUUGUUUGGUUAGUAGCACAAUCCGCCCUUCUAUCCCUUCUUCACUAUAUAAAAUAUGACAUUAUAGAGCUAAAUCAUUCUUCUUCAGAGGUUGCUUAUUAUCCUCAAUCCUAAAGACAUAUUUGUGAGCUGUAAAUGAACCUACUAGCUCACUUAAUUCAACUUUAGAUAGAUACUUUGAUUCUUCUAUAGCAAUUACCUUAGGUCUCCAUCUAACUCCAAGUUGAGUUCCUAUUGGUGGAACUAAAACCAUUAACAAUAAUAGAGCAAUAUAACCCUUUCUCUCUUCCUCAGAAGCGGUCACGCUAAAGAGAGAAACUACACUAGCUCGCAGUCACUCAAGCAAUACAAAGAAUGAUCACCUAUCACUUCUUACACCUAUUUUUACUAAUAACAAAGCAUUUGAUCUUGCUUUGUGUAAGAUUACUUUGCCACCUUCCGUAAGUAUGUCUCGAUGCUUCCUCCAAUUUAUGUAGCCUUUAAAGGUAAUGACCUCCUCUUGAUCUUCCUUUGAUUCGAUGAUCUUCCCUACAAUCACAGAUUCCCAACAAUGACUAAUAAUUGAGAUUGGUGGGA